AUGUUCAGGGCAGCUCCAGCUGUGCCGUCCCGCGCAGGGCUCGGCCAUGGACCGGAUGAAGAAGAUCAAGCGGCAGCUGUCGAUGACGCUGCGGGGGGGCCGCGCCCCCGACAAGGGCCUGGGGGACCCUCGCGACGGCCACGGCAGCGACAGCGGUGAGCGCGGGCCCUUUAAGGGAGGGGGGGGAGGGUGCGAGAGGUGUCACCCCUGGGUGAUUUUGGCUGUCACCCCCGGGUGUUUUGGCUGUCACCCCCGGGUGAUUUCGGUGUCCCACUGUCACCCCUGCUGUCCCCAGGAUGUCACCAAGCGCCUGUCCCUGCCGGCCGACACCCGCCUGCCCGAGGGGGGGCUGGGGCUGCCCGGGCCCCUCAGCCGCCGCCUGCGCCGCGUCUCCCUGUCUGAAAUCGGCUUUGGGAAGUUGGAGACGUACGUCAAACUGGACAAACUGGGAGAGUUUUUGGGGUGGGGGCAGCUGUUCCUGUUCCAGCUGCUGCGGGGUCUCGCCUUCUGCCACCGGCACAAAGUGCUGCACCGCGACCUCAAACCCCAGAACCUCCUGCUCAGCCGCCGCGGCGACCUCAAACUCGCCGAUUUCGGCCUGGCCCGGGCCAAGUCCAUCCCCACCAAGACGUUCUCCAGCGAGGUGGUGACGCUCUGGUACCGCCCCCCCGACAUCCUGGGGGAAGGGGGUGGGGCUGGGCGGGGCCACGCCCUUUUGUGGGCGUGUCCCUGCCUCAGUGGGCGUGUCCUGACGGGGGCGGGGCAGUUCGAGGGGCGGCGGCGGCUGCCGGCGGCGGAGGCCAUGGGACACCCCUUCUUCAGCUGCCUCGGACCGCGCGUCAGCUCCCUGCCCGACACCACGUCCAUCUUCGCUCUGAAGGAGAUCCAACUGCAGAAAGAGCCGGGGCUGCGCACGGCCUCCCUGCCCCCCACAGGUUCUUCUGCCUUCCGGGUGCUCGACACCGAAUUCUGACGUUGAGCAGCCCUCGGACUCUGCUGCUGCGGCCCCCCCGGGACCCCUCCCCAAAUUC